AUGGUGGGCCCCGUUCUCGGGAUGGCUACACUUGGACUUCUGCUCUUCAGAGAGCUUGAAGAACGUCUCGCUCCAUUGGAACAUGCGCUCCUGGUCCUGCUGGGAGAUCCCGUGGUUGAUGAUGUACAGAAACCCAACGUGGGUCAUGGCAUCCACCACCUGCUUGCCGAUCCGGCGACGCUCCUCCACGCUGCCGUCGUCGAACUUGGCGAAAUCAAUAAGAGGGACAGUGUCGGAAGUCAUUGCAAUACAUGUUUCCAGCAGGCGUUUGGUCUCGCUGAGACAGAAGUUGGAGAUUCCAAUGGCACGGACUUUGCCGGUGUCCAACAGCUUCUCCAUGGCUUUCCAGGUGUCGACAUAGUCGAUAUCUGCUGGCUUGGACGCAGACGACUCCAAAAAGGCAGUCUUGUCGCAGGCAAACGGAUAAUGCAUCAGAUACAGGUCAACGUAAUCCAAUUGGAGCUUUUUCAGGCUCUCCUCCAAAGCAGGCAGCACAUCCUCUGGAGCGUGGUGGGAAUUCCACAGCUUCGUGGUGACAAAGAUAUCUUUACGGUCGACGCCGCUGUUCUUGAUUCCAUCGCCCACCUCGGCCUCAUUGCCGUAGAUGGCGGCAGUGUCGAUGUGCUUGUAGCCGUUUUUCAGGGCGUGCUCGACAGCAAGAGCCACCUCGUUGGGCUGGGACUGCCAGGUUCCUAG